UUUGUGAUUGCUUUCGUAAUUCAAAAAGGCGUGAAUAGUCUAGACCGUGUAAUCAUUGAUGCCAUUUCUCGAGUAAAGGAACGGUUUCUCAAAGUCGGGUUCAUUCUAGUCUGUUAGCCCGGACAACGGAUCUCCGAGUAGCUCCUAUUCGAUGAGCAAACGGGCUGUCGAUCAUCUCGCUAAAUGGUUCUACUCUCAUCCAACGAAUGAUACCAAGGACCGGAAAGAGAUGGAUUCACCGAGCAGACUACCUAGGUAGGUAUUCAUGCAAUUCCGUCCCGGGUCAGAUAUUCGGUAUUGUAUGAUGUUCGUUGAGAAAGCAACUCUUAUUUAUCGGACCGCUCCUUUGGGAUCUCCAGGAUCAAUGUAAUUCGGUGUAACUCUACUUCCUUUCGCGGCCUGAUGUUCAUCCGACUCUCAUAAUCUCGCCGGUACGUCUACCCCAUCUACUCCAGGUUUGGGCUAAUUCAUUUUAGUGUCACCAACAUCGGAGUUGAACAUAUCGCCGAAUGUGCGGUUGGGAUAACAGAAUAUAUCCCUUCCGCAACAAUGGUCUUUCCUAUUUCCCACUGUUAGCUAUUCUUUGUAAUUGGCCUUUUUAUAAGUUGGCCGAUGCAAUAUCCAUGGAUUUCUGGCACACAUCAUCGGAUGAUGAGAUAUGCCAAUCCAAGGUAGCAGGCUCCGCACAAUCGUCGUCAGCUAUGCCUGACACAACGGAAGACCCAGAAUGGGAUACGGCCCUAGUCGUGACGGAUGAGUGGAUGAAAGUUGCUUCCGAGAGACGGCACAGCGGGUGGGAAUCAGUGGAAAGAAAAUGGAUUGAAAGUCAAGCACUCCAGAAAAAGGGACCAAAGGCAUCGAGCGAAAUGACGAAGGAAGCAAAUGAGGCGAUGGCGCGAUUCCCUUAUCCACAUAUGGCUAUCCCGACCCCGCAAUUGGACUUCGAUUUUCGAAUGAGGGUCGUUCUGAAUUCUCAGUCAGCAUCCGUCGCCGUGAGUGACGGCUUCAAGAAAUGGUCGACGUUUUCCGACGGUACCUUCGCAGGUCAAUUUGGAUGUGGAUCCGUUGUAAACGGUGGACAAGAAAGCCAAGACGUGGCUUAUGGUAACGCAGCGGCAACUCAAGUGGAAGCUACACAUCGACUACAGACUGCAGACAAAGUACCAGCAUAUAUUGAAUGUAAAACGCGGGGAAAUAUGACCGGGUCCCCAGAGUUGGUUAAAGCGCUCCAAGAUCCCGAGACCUCGAAGGAUGCGAACCCAAGAUUGUGUCCGUUCAGGGUGUUCAUCACAAUGAAGACAUCGGACGAGAGAUAUGCUUCCAAGUUGAAUACCGGUAUGUGGAUUGGAAGCUGCCUUUGGAGAGGGUUAGAGGUCGUAUACGAUGCAUACAGAAUAAGUUGAACUCUAGUAUGAGGUAUGAGAAGAAUGAAUGUUAUGAGGACUAAAAUUGGUUAAUGCCGUGGUCAAUUUGUUUGUAUGGAGUUAGGAGUUGUUCGCAAAAUUGAUAAUCAACUAUUCCCGGGGUCUAUCCAGCGAUACUUUCAAGUUUCAUAGAUUGCGGUCUAAUCCAUCAACCAAUCCAAAGUUGGUUGACAACCAGAUGCGGUAACUGGAG